UAAGGAGCGGGCGGGGAGCGCGGGCUGGGAGGAGGGAGCGCGGCGGAGCGUUGAAUGGGGCGCAGCGAGGCGCGGCUCGGCUUUGUGCGGGCACCCCUCCGGCCCCAGCGUCUCUCCCCGCCCCGCCUACCCCGACCCCUGCUGCCGGGGAGCGGAGACCCGGCGGCGGCCGCCGAGUGGAGCGACGCAAGGUCAGCGGCGGACGCGCGGCGGGGACGGCCGCGAGCUGGCUGGAGGGCUCCGUGGACGAUUCCAUCAUGGCAGAACCCAAAGUGGAGACGCAGACAAGCGUGGACUGGCAGAAGCGAUGCUUGACCUUAGAAACCCAGCUCUUAAGGUUCCGUGAACAUGCCAGCAAGAUAAGGGAGUUGCUGGCUGACAAGAUGCAGGAGCUGGAACAAAGGCUGCUGGAAGCAGAGCAGAGAGCUGAGAAUGCAGAGACCCAGAUGGGUGAGAUGGAGGAGAAGGCGAAACUGUUAAACCUGAAGAACGUGGACUCAGCAGGCAGCCUGCACCGGAAGUACCAGGACUUGCUUAAAGCCCUGCAAGGCAAAGAUGAGCUCAUCCGCCAGCUGCAGGCACAGCUGGAGAAGCAGAAACUGAUAAGAGCUGAAGAAGCAAAAGUCAUUCAAGAAAAAGCUGCGAAAAUCAAAGAGUGGGUGACGCUGAAGUUAGCAGAGCUUGAGACAGAGAAUCAGCACCUGAAGAGCUGUAAUCAGCAGCUGGAGGAGCAGGUGGGGGCCCUCCAAGUUGCCCUGGAAGCUCUUCAGAUGGCACCUUCAGGAAAGUGGCUGGUGAAACCACCGGGACCCCCACAGCAACAUGCUGCCUUGUCAGUUCCAGUUCCCCAAACAAUGGGGCAGAACGAUGGCCCUCAGGGCCAGGUGACCCUGGAGAUGGCUGCGGUGGCCCCUUCCCCAAAUGCUCUGCAGAAUAAGGACUCGGAGCCCAGAGCAGAAACCUCCCUGCAGGCCUCUCGCUUCAGCGUGGCCCACCAAGGCGAACCCCCAAAGGCCCAGACGCUUCCACCUCGUCUGAGAAGAGAGGGCUCCCCAAGCCAGCCCUACAAGACGCCGUGCAUCCCCAGACAUGGUUUGGCUUCCUGGGGUGCAGGCUUGGUGGCUCCCCAGGGACAGCCCUUCCCUGGGACAAAGACGUCUGUCGGGGAAGGCGGGCCUGGCAGCAGUGUGACCCUGCCCAAGGCUCGGACUCCCGCCAGCCCCCACGACAGCCUCCCGCUGGCCAGGCGGCACCACAGCCAGCCCCAGGCUUGCCCCGGCUACUUUAGCCACGUGGUGAGCCGUGAGAUCGGGGCCCUCUCAGCCCUUCACACCCCUGGGCUUCCUGAGGUGGGGACCCUGGCUGAGCCACGAGAGGAGCCAGAGCGGAUGGAGAUGGAGGAGCAGCUGCCAGCAGGGAGGAAGGAAAGGGAGAGCCCUGUGAAGCCCCCCCACGUGGAGCUGGAGGAAGUGGACUUGGGAAACAAGCCGCCCACACCCCCCUUGCACCGGUUUCCAUCAUGGGAGAGCCGGAUCUAUGCUGUGGCCACAUCAGGCCUGCAGCUCUCGGAUGUGUCUCCCAGGAGUAAUGUCACCUGCUGCGCUUCACGCCCUCCUGCUCUUGCCUCCCCUGGACCUUUUUCUGGCCUUGUCUACAAGAGUGUCACCGUGCCAGUCUACACCGCCUUGAAAGGGAAAGCCACUAAGAUCAGCAGUGUCCCCCUUGUGGACGAGUCCUCGGGCUCCGAUGAUGACUGCAGCUCCCAGGCCAGCUUCCGCAUCUCUGUCCCCUGCCCCGAGACUAGGAAGACGGGUGGACUGGGCAGCCCCCGGGCCAUCAAGAGAGGUGUCUCCAUGUCCUCACUGAGCUCCGAGGGGGACUAUGCGAUCCCCCCAGAUGCCUGCUCGCUGGACAGCGACUACUCGGAACCGGAGCACAAGCUGCAGCGCACCUCGUCCUACUCCACGGAGGGGCUGGGUCUGAACGGGGAGUCACUGGAGAAGUCGGGCUACCUGCUGAAAAUGGGGAGCCGGGUGAAGACGUGGAAGAGACGCUGGUUUGUCCUGAGACAGGGGCAGAUUAUGUACUACAAGUCCCCGAAUGACGUCAUCCGGAAACCUCAAGGCCAAGUGGAACUGAACUCCCGUUGCCAAAUUGUUCGUGGGGAGGAUGCCCAGACUUUCCAGCUCAUCUCCGAGAAGAAAACCUACUACCUGACAGCUGACUCGCCUAACGUGCUGGAGGAGUGGAUCCGGAUCCUGCAGAACCUGCUGAAAGUGCAGGCUAUUGGGCCCCCUGGCCCGCUGCAGGGUGCCACCAAGCCCACUGUGAAGGGCUGGCUGACCAAGGUAAAGCAUGGCCACUCCAAGCUGGUCUGGUGUGCUCUCGUUGGGAGAAUGUUCUACUACUACCGGAGUCAUGAGGACAAGCGCCCCCUGGGCCGCCUGCCUAUACGGGACGCGCACAUAGAGGAAGUCGAUCGAUCAUGUGACUCGGAUGAGGACUACGAGGCUGGAGGAACUGGGCGGUUACUAUCCUCCCACUGUACCCUGGUGAUCCACCCCCCGGAGCACAGCCCCACCUACCUGCUCAUUGGCACCAAGCAUGAAAAGGAUACGUGGCUUUACCACCUUACCGUGGCUGCAGGGGGCAGCUCUGCCAAAGUGGGCACUACCUACGAGCAGCUUAUUGGGAAACUCAUGGAUGAUGAGGGGAAUCCAGAUUCCCCACUCUGGAGGCACCCCAUGCUGUGCUACAGCAAAGACGGGCUGCUGGCCCCACUCACCACCCUGCCCUCUGAGGCCCUGCAGACUGAGGCGCUCAAGCUCUUCAAGUCCUGCCAGCUCUUCAUCAACGUGCCCGUGGAGGCUGCCUCGGUGGACUACCAUGUGUCUCUCGCCCAGACGGCGCUGCAGGUCUGCCUGGCACACCCCGAGCUGCAGAGUGAGAUCUACUGCCAGCUCAUGAAGCAGGCCAGCUGCCGGCCCCCGCAGAAGUACUCCCUGAUGCAGUGCUGGCAGCUCCUGGCCCUGUGUGCCCCCCUCUUCCUUCCUCAGCAUCACUUCCUCUGGUAUGUCAAGCAGCAGCUCCAGCGUCAUGCCGAUCCCAGAAAUGAAACUGGCCAGUAUGCCACCUACUGCCAGAGGGCAGUGGAGCGGACCCUGCAGACCGGGGAGCGGGAAGCCAGGCCAUCGCGCAUGGAGGUGGUGUCCAUCUUGCUGCGGAACCCCUUCCACCACUCCCUGCCCUUCAGCAUUCCCGUGCACUUCGCCAAUGGGACUUACCAGGUGGUGGGUUUCGACGGCUCCUCGACCGUUGAUGAGUUCCUCCAGCGGCUGAACCAGGAGACAGGCAUGAGGAAAUCUUCCCGCUCCGGCUUUGCCCUCUUCAUGGACGACCCUUCAGGCAGGGACGUGGAACACUGCCUGCAGGGGACUGUCAAGAUCUGUGAUGCCAUCUCCAAAUGGGAACAGGCCCUGAAGGAGCUGCACUCCGGGAAGUCUGAGGGUGGCACACGCACCGUGAAGCUGAUGUACAAGAACAGGCUGUACUUUCGGAGUCAAGUGAAAGGGGAGACGGAGCGAGAACGACUGCUGCUUGCUUCCCAGACAAGUGGAGAGAUAGUGUCAGGGAGGUUCCCUGUCAACAAGGAACUGGCUCUGGAGAUGGCUGCCCUAAUGGCCCAGGUGGAAUACGGAGAUUUGGAGAGGUCCGCCUCGCUGGGUCCCAGCUGCAUUCCUCCUGCCAAGGUUCAGCACCACCUCCAGCAGGUCCUAGAUAGGUUCUACCCAAGACGCUAUAGACACGGAGCCCCCCCUGAACAACUGAGGCACCUGGCGGAUCUGCUGAGCACCAAGUGGGCUGCGCUGCAAGGCUGUUCCCCUCCUGAGUGCAUCCGCAUCUACCUGACAGUGGCCCGGAAAUGGCCUUUCUUUGGUGCUAAGCUCUUUGCUGCUCAGCCUGCCUUGAUGUCUUCCAAGGAGAAGACUCUGGUGUGGAUUGCUGCAAAUGAAGACGGUGUCAGUAUCCUGGACCACAACACUAUGCAAGUGCACGUCACUUACCCCUACUCUUCCGUGAUGACCUUUGGUGGCUGCCGGGAUGACUUCAUGCUUGUGAUUAGAUCCACUCCAGACCAGAACUCUGGAAAAAGUCACAUUGAGAAGUUGAUCUUCCGGAUGGCUGCUCCCAAGAUUGCAGAGGCAACCUUCAUCUUGGCUAGCUACAUGAACCAUUGCUCUGCAGCUGGGAGCCCACCCACCAACCCGCCCGCUGGCCGCCCACCGAAGGAACUCGAUGGACGACAGCUCUUUGCUUCUGUUCCAUGUGUUGCCAAGGGGCCAGCGCUGCUGUGAAGAUUUCCCCCACCCUGUUCCCUGCUACUUCUCUAAGAUUGCAGCUACAUAUCCGGAAUGUGAUACUACUGUGAUGGGCCUAACAGCCCUACGCCUAGCACGCUGCCCCCUACACCCCCCUUUGUUCUGUGAAAUGUAUGUUCCAGUGUCCGCAGAGCCUUUACUCUCUAGGUGCCUUAUCGUGUUUCAGGGCCCAACCUUGAAAUUCCAGACCCAGUAUCAAACCACUCUUUUCAGUAAUACUGAGCUCUGGCUGCUGCCUGCUUCUGGACAGACAGGGCUGGCCCACUGGUACAGACGACAACGACGUCAGUGGUAUGAGUCAGUGCCGUCUGCACCGAUACUCUCAGGAAGGCCGAUUUUUAAAUACUGUAUAUGGUCCUUAGAUGGGGAUUGAUACUUGAAGUUUUCCCAGUAUCCCUGACUAGGACAUGACUAGAAUUUCUAAUUCACUUGAUCUCUGACAAAGGCCUAGAACUCACUGAAACUGGACUGACUUUCGCAGAGGGCAGGCCUGGAGAGGAGCUUAGGCUCAGCCUUCCCUUGCCCUCCUGCGUCUGAGAACAAAGCUGUUUUCCCUGCUGCUGGAGCCAAGCCCAGCAGU